GCCAGCUCAUUUAUCGAUUUGCAAUACCAGCAUGCUACGCCUCGUCCGCUUUGCUGCGGUCCUCGCUUCCGCCGUGGCGCAGUUUCCCCCUGGCACGUGCAACAAGGAGCUCACAGACGCGACGUACGCCUGCGCCAAGGUGUUUCCCGGGCCCACGGGCUGGAUCCUCGAGUCGCUCCUCAAGAUGAGCGCGACGGCCGGGCACCUCAGCAUUUGUUUUGGCGACCACCCCGAGUGCAACGACCUCCAGCGCCUCGUCUUCACGCCUGCGGGCGACUGCACCGUCCAGGUGUACAAGGCCAACUACGUCAACCUCCGCACGAUCGUCACGCCGUGCCCGAACCCGCUCCCGCCGCGUCUCCAAGAAAAGCAGCUCUGCACGGCCUCGGGCUUGAUUGCCUCCGAGUACUACGGCAACGUCUACACGGACGUCGUGCGCUCCAACAACAACGAGGUCUUUGUGUACAACGUCACGGGCAAGACGCUCAUGGCCAAGAGCAACGGCCAGUGCUUGGAGGCCGUGCCCAACAUGCCGCAGCCCAACUACGGCUACGGCACCGUGCGCACCGCGGCCUGCGACGCGACCAAGGAGCUGCAGCAGUGGAUCAUCGCUGACAGCCGCAUCUACGCGUCGCAGUUUGGGUCCUUGACGUUCUGCUUGAGCACCGAUCAGUUCCAGCGCGGCGCCAUGGCCAGCGUCGGACCCUGCAACUUGGAGCAGCUCUCGAGCACGUCGUUCGUCGACUGCACGACAACCAAGCCCAAGUACGUCCGCCUCACGUCGGCGCGCGGCAACCGCCUCAGCGAGUACUACUCGAACCUGUACGUCAACGCGCCGGCCAACAACUUUAACGAGCUCUUCACGUGGGACCAAGCCAACAAGAUGCUCAAGGUCGCCAGCAACAACCAGUGCUUGGACGCGUACAAGGACGCCAACGGCAAGGUCCGAGUGCACACAUAUGCGUGUGACGUCAACAACGGCAACCAAAAGUGGAACUUCAACCCGAGCACCAAGACACUCGAGCACGCGACCCAUGCUGGUCAGUGCUUGGACGCCGACCCGACGUACGCCGACCGCCACGCGCAAAUGUGGGCGUGCACGCCCAACAACCCCAACCAGCAGUGGUCCCUCGAUACCUUCUCGAGUUAA